AUGGAUGCGUAUAAUGAGAUUCUUGACCCGUCGAGAAUAAGUAGCUGCGUUGGCUGCAAUUUUAUAUCUCCAAAAGAGAAAAAUUUGAUUGUUGCAAAAGGGACACUUCUCCAGAUAUUUGAUGUUGUACUCCUUAAACUGUCGACCAUUCAGAAACCUCAAUAUCGUCUUGCGUUGGUGCAACAGUUUAAGCUUCAAGGAUUGGUAACUGACUUGAAAGCUAUAAGAACUUCUGAGAAUCCCCACCUUGAUUACGUUGUUGUUUCAACAAAGUUUGCAAAGCUUUCAAUCAUAAGGUGGGACCAUGUGCAACAUACCAUAGCUACUGUCUCCUUACAUUAUUAUGAAAAUUGCAUACAGAACUCAACUUUUGAAAAACUAGCAAUGUCGGAAUUGACUGUCGAGCCAACAUAUAGCUCGGUGGCAUGUCUUCGGUAUAAAAAUUUAAUGUGUUUUUUGCCAUUGGAGGGAAUCGAAGACGAGGAUGAAGACGAUGAAAUAGACGAUAUAGAUGAUAACGACAAUGACGACGACGACGAUGAUGAUAAAGACAAAGACAAAGACAAAAACAUCGAUAUCCAAAUGAAAGAUGGAGCAAAAAAUGGACCCACUAGCAACAAAAAUACCAACACCAAUGGUCAUAUAAAAGAGUCACGACAGUUUUUUGAUUCAAGUUUUAUUAUUGAAGCUGGGAACUUGGAUUCUUCAAUUGAUACAAUCAUCGAUUUGCAAUUUUUACACAACUAUAGAGAUCCAACUAUAGCUCUUCUUUCAAGUAGAUCCCACUCUUGGGCAGGCUCUCUUCUCAAGAGCAAGGAUAAUGUACACCUUGAAGUCAUGUCGCUUGAUUUGCUGACUAAACUGUCAACAUCGAUUUUCAAGAUUGAAAAUUUACCAUACGAAGUAGAUCGUAUUGUUCCAUUAUCUGCUCCGUUAAACGGUUGUUUAUUGGUAGGAUGUAAUGAAAUUAUGCAUGUUGAUAAUGGAGGAAUUGCCAAGCGUAUAUCUGUGAAUGACUUCACUAGUUUAACAACUGCUUCAGUCAAGAGUAACCAGGAUCAAAGCAACUUGGGCCUUAAACUUGAAAAUUGUAGUGUCGUUCAAAUACCUGAUGAUCAUCGUGUCUUGAUCGUCACUGAGCAAGGCAGCUUCUACUUUGCUAAUUUUGAAUUAGAUGGGAAAUCCAUCAAACGUGUAUUUAUCGAUGUUGUUGAUAAAAAUAUGUACGAUAAAAUAAAGUUUACUUUUCCAGGGGAAAUUGCAGUGUUGAGCAAGAACUUGUUGUUUAUGUCUAAUCUUAAUGGAGAUAGUCCUCUAGUGCAAGUGAAGUAUAGAAACUCCAAGAUUCUCGAAGACACAAGGGGAACAAGAAGGGUUGAGAAAGGAAAAGGAGCUGAAAAAAAUAAAAAUAACGUGUCUUCUAAUGAAGUUGACGAUGACGAUGAUGACGAUGACGAUUUAUACAAGGAAGAAGAAGAAGAAGAGCAGCAAAAAGUGUUGAGCAAGUCUCAUAUUGAGUUUAUCUUACAGGAUCGACUAAUCAAUAAUAGUCCCAUAUCGACAUUCACUCUAGGAUUAUGCUCAAAAGAACGAUUCAAAUCCAACUUGCCCAAUCCUAGUUUCAACGAGGUCUCAGUUAUAUUCAAUUCAGGCUCGCAUGAGCAAUCAAAGAUUAAUGUCAUGACACCAACAAUUCAACCCAUAAUUUCCUCCUCGCUUACAUUCUCUCAGGUGAAUCGGAUGUGGAAUUUGAAUCAAAAGUAUUUAGUCACUUCCGAUGAUGUCAAUGAAAAAUCAGAAAUUUUUCAGAUUGAAAAGAGUUAUGCGCGGAUGAAAUCAAAGGACUUCAUUAAUAAUGAGAUUACAAUCAAUGUUCACGAACUCAAUAAUGGUAAGUUUAUUUUGCAGGUAACGCCAAAACAAAUUAUUCUUUAUGAUACGAAAUUUCGUAAGAGACUAGCACUAAGCGACGAGAUCAAAAAAGAUGACGAAGUAUUGAGCAGUACGUUGCGUGAUGAACUAUUGAUGAUUUUUUUGGCAAGUGGUGAUGUAAAAAUAUUUUCAAUCAACACUUACAAUGAAACCUAUUCAAACGUCAGCAUUCCAAAGAUUCUUGAUGAUACAAUUAUUACUACGGGGUACAUCACUAGUUCACAUUUGUUAAAUGCUGUGCUGAGGAAUGCGCAACUACUUUUGAACCCGCGAAAGAGAAGACAUGGCUCAGUUACACCUUUUGUGCCUACUGCUGACCCAACACCCCCAAAGAGUACGAAGCAAAAAAUUAUUAUAUUGGUCACCGGUGACAAUAGAAUCGUUGCAUUCAACAGACAUCAUAAUGAGAAAUGUUAUCAAUUGGACGAUGUCAGUAAAUUUAGCGAUGUGCUCAACCUAAAUUGUUUCAGCAUCGAACAAUACCCACCAGACCCAUUUAUCAAGCAAGUAAUUCUCAAUGAUUUGGGAGACAAAGAUCACAAGGAAGAGUAUUUAACGAUAUUGACUAUUGGUGGAGAAACCAUUUUGUAUAAGUUGUUUUUCGACGGUGAAAAUUAUGUGUUUAAAAAGGAGCACGAUUUGAAAAUUACUGGUGCACCAGAGAAUGCCUUUUCUAUGGGUACUUCAAUUGAAAGGAGAUUAGUUUAUUUUCCCAACUUGAAUGGUUACACCUGUAUCUUUGUUACUGGUGUCAUUCCUUUCAUCAUUAUUAAAUCUUUGCAUUCUAUACCACGGAUAUUCCAGUUUUCCAAGAUCCCAGCAGUGUCAAUCUCUGCAUUUUCUGAUUCCAAGAUCAAAAAUGGGUUGAUCUGUCUUGAUAAUAAUAAAAAUGCACGAAUUUGUGAACUAUCGCUAGAUUAUACUUACGAAUUCAAUUUGCCUAUAAAGAGAGUUGAUUUGGGAGAGCUGGUCAGGUCGUUAGCAUACCAUGAACAAUCUGAUACCGUGGUUGCUUCAACAUUCAAAGAAGUCCCUUACAAUUGUGUCGACGAAGAAGGCAACAUCAUCCCUGGUGUCGAUAAGGAAAAGCUUCCACACGCGCUGACAUUCAAAGGCUCGAUCAAAUUGAUUUCGCCACACAAUUGGACCGUUAUAGACUCUUUUGAUCUUGAAGAUAAUGAAGUUGGUAUGACAGUCAAGUCGAUGAUUCUUGAUAGAGGAUCUGGGGCUUCGUCAUUGAAAAAAUUCAAAAGUAAGCGUGAGUACAUUGUUAUAGGCACAGGUAAGCUCCGGAUGGAAGAUCUUGCUGCAAAUGGUUCGUUUAAAAUUUAUGAAAUUAUUGAUAUUAUUCCUGAACCUGGAAAACCAGAAACAAACCAUAAAUUUAAAGAGGUUUUCCAAGAAGAUGCUAGAGGAGCUGUCACUGCCAUUUGUGAUUUAAGUGGCCGACUAAUGGUUGGUCAGGGACAAAAAAUUAUUGUGCGAGAUAUCGAGGAUGAUGGAGUGGUUCCCGUGGCAUUUUUGGACACAUCUGUGUACAUAUCAGAAGCAAAGAGUUUUGGUAACUUAUUAAUUCUUGGUGACCCUUUGAAAAGUGUAUGGCUUGUUGGAUUUGAGGCCGAGCCGUAUAGGAUGGUGAUGCUUGGUAAGGACCGUCAGCAUUUAGAUGUUGAAUGUGCAGAUUUUAUUAUUAAGGACGAGGACAUUUUCAUCCUCGUUGCUGAUAACAAUAACUGUAUACACUUGAUCCAAUACGAUCCAGAUGAUCCGAAAUCAAUCAAUGGUACUAUAUUGCUUAAUAAGGCAUCGUUUGAGUUGAAUUCUGCGACAACAUGUUUGCGUUCUAUACCAAAGGGAGAAAAGGGGGACUACCAAAUUAUUGGAUCCACGCUUGAUGGUGCAUUGUACAAUGUCUUUCCGGUGAAUGAGUUCACAUAUAGAAGAAUGUACAUAUUACAGCAACAAAUAUCGGAUAAAGUGUAUCACUUUUGUGGUCUAAACCCUCGAUUAAACAGAUUUGGUGGUUCUGUGACAUUGCGUGAUCGGGAAACCAACACCAAGCCCAUUUUGGAUUAUGGUUUGAUUCGUCGCUUUUCGAAAUUAAACCUUGAUAGGCAACAACAAUUGGCUGGCAAAAUUAGUGUGCGAGGCGUGACCCAAGAGUUAUGGAAAGACCUUAUUGAAUGUGAAUACUCUUUAGAAGAUUUAUAA